AUGUGUUUGGAAGAGGAGGAUACAGAUGAUGACGACCAUCUGAUACACCUGGAGGAGAUCCUCGUGCGCGUGCAUACUGACUACUACACGAAAUACGACAGGUACCUCAACAAGGAGCUGGAGGAAGCUCCAGACAUACGGAAGAUUGUGCCGGAACUCAAGAGCAAGGUGCUGGCAGAUGUGGCUGUGAUAUUCAGUGGGCUGCACCCAACAAACUUCCCAGUUGAGAAGACCCGGGAGCACUACCAUGCCACGGCCCUGGGAGCUAAGGUCCUCACCCAGCUGGUGCUGAGUCCUGACGCCCCUGAUAGGGCUACCCACCUCAUUGCAGCACGGGCUGGCACAGAGAAGGUGCGCCAGGCACAGGAGUGCCGGCACCUGCACGUGGUCAGUCCAGACUGGCUGUGGAGCUGCCUGGAACGCUGGGACAAAGUGGAGGAGCAGCUCUUUCCACUCACAGAUGACGACGCCCGGGCACACAGGGAGAACAGCCCUGCUGCCUUUCCUGACAGGCAGACUACGCUUCCAGCAGCCUUGUUCCACCCGACACCUGUCCACCCCAAGGUCCAGCCUGGCCCCGAAGUUCGGAUCUAUGACUCCCACACUGGCAAGCUCAUCAGAACAGGCUCACAAGGUCCUACACCAGUGUCUCCCAGCACCCUACCUGUCCACGGAGAGCCUUCCUCCUUCAGAGCUGUUCAGCCACAUCAGCAGCAGAUGUUUGGUGAAGAGCUGCCCAGUGCUGGAGAUGGAGAGCAGCCUGGCCCUACUAGGAGAAAGCGACAGCCCAGUAUGUCCGAGACGAUGCCGCUGUACACUCUCUGUAAGGAGGACUUAGAGAGCAUGGAUAAAGAGGCCAACCCUUUGGUAGAAGGUUUCACGCCAGCCAGGUAUUCUGUGGCACGGUCUGUGCCAUGUCCUUCCUCAGCAGACUGCUUUGAAAGGACUACUGUGGACAGUGGGCCUCCUGGGGAGCUGAGUGUGUGCUGGGCCAAACCACGCUGCAUUGUGGCUGCACCUCGCCUGAGUGGCUCUCACCUGCUGACGAACCUGGCUGCUGGGAGAUACUGCUGUGAAAUUGCUGUGCCUGAGAUACUGCAGGCACAGUGUUUGGUCACCUCCUGCUUUCAGCUCUGGGGACAGAGAUCGCCUCCUGCUCCCAGGACCCUGCUGUGGGCACAUGUGCCCUUCAAGGAGCUGUCUGAGUGUCAGUUGGAGCCCCAACGCCAGCCCCAGCUCUUUCCCAAUACCAAUGCCCAGUUCCUCUGUACCCUGCCACCCCCAGGGUACCACCAGCUACCCAGCUCCUGCGUGCUGUCCUGCAUCUGGGACUGA